CCCCGAGGCCGCGAGCUGGGAGCGCGGAGCCGGCCGCCGGGAGCCGAGCGCGCCGGGCUGGGGCCGGGGCCGGAGCGGAGCGAGGAGGAGCGCGCCCGGCCCAGCCCCGCGUCCCGCCGCGUCCCGCCCCAGCCAUGGAGCAGGACAGCAGCCCCCGGAAGAUCCAGUUCACGGUCCCGCUGCUGGAGCCGCACCUUGACCCCGAGGCGGCGGAGCAGAUUCGGAGGCGCCGCCCCACCCCUGCCACCCUGGUACUGACCAGUGACCAGUCAUCCCCAGAGAUAGAUGAAGACCGGAUGCCCAACCCACUUCUCAAGUCCACUCUGGCCAUGUCUCCACGGCAGCGGAAGAAGGUGACAAGGACCACACCCACAAUGAAAGAGCUCCAGAUGAUGGUUGAACAUCACCUCGGGCAACAGCAGCAGGGAGAGGAGCCUGAGGGAGCCGCUGAGAGCGCAGGGACCCAGGACUCCUGCCCACCUGGGAUCACAGACACAGAAGCGGAGUCAAGGCUGGGCACCUCUGGGAAAGCACAAAAGCCUGCAGAAUCCACCCCUAAAACUCACGAGAGGGGCAGUGAGAAACCCAGCACAGAGAAAGCCUCAACCCAUAUACCACCACUGGAUUCCCAGGGAGCCAACUCGGUCUGAGAGUGAAGCAGGUAUCCUGGGAUCAAGACUGAAGUUGGGAACGCAUGGACACUGGAUUUCUUAUUUCUUCACUUUUGGGGAAAAUCUCUUGUUUUUAAAAAGUGAUAAAUUUGGUGUUAGGUC